UAAAUUCAGAUGAAUUUUUGAUCAAGAAAUUGAUUUUGCCGUGUCCACCACCAGCACUAUUUCUUCCCUCUCCCGCAUUAUCAUUCUGAGGAACCCUAAUGUUCUGAAGAUGGAAUAAUCAUGGAGGAGGAACUCGAGAGCUUAUCGGUGGGCGCCAAAUUGCAGUACCCCAAAAUUGAACUGGAGGACUAUGAACCCAAGAUUUGCUCGCCAAGGAUUAUUCUCCAUAUUCAGGUUUGUGAAAGUUUUAAUAAAGAUGUCGGAGACUGUAACCAGGGAUCAUCAGAUAAUGAUAAGCGUAACUAUUUGGAGCAUCUGCUCAAGGCAGAUGAUAAAAUGGAGCUAACUGGGGUGGAUAAUGAGCAGAAAAAAGAUUUAGCUGCUUUAAAUCAAAAGCUCAAUAAAUAUUUUUGUUACGACACUUCACUUUCUGAAGAAACAGGUGUUUGGAUCCCUGUCUCUGUUCCACCAUUGCCCGAAAAUGAGCAAUUAGAAUGGGAUAGGGGUUUCUAUUUAAAUGGAGGCUACUUGCCUGAUGGCGACUUGGGUUGGAAUGAGUGUAUUGGAGAAGAUAAAGAGAUGACCAUGUGGGAUGUGGUCCUUGACAUGUUGCUGACAGCCAGAGGAAAAGUUAGCGCUCUUGCUUCUGGUGAUAUUCAUGGAUGCAGCAUAUCUUGGAUUUCAAGCCACCUUCUAGAGCAAGCUUGGAAAGAAAUGGCUCAAACCCUUACCGAUGCUAACUUUGGCAAAAUGAAGGAAAUCCUAGAAUCAGAGCCGCCAAAAUGGUUGCCUGAUAGUGCUGCUUCUGCUUGCAUGCUGUGCAAUGUUCGUUUUCAUCCUAUCAUGUGUUCGAGACACCACUGCAGAUUUUGUGGGGGGAUUUUCUGCAAUGGUUGCUCCAGGGGACGGAGCUUGUUGCCUUCAAAGUUCCGAACAGGGAAUCCUCAGCGAGUCUGUGAUGUAUGUUGUGUACGACUUGAGCCUGUGCAGACGUGCUUGAUGAGCCAAGUUAGUCGUGCAGCACAGUCACCUACCCAUGAUCUGACGGAUCUAAGUACAUUGAGAUCUUGGCUUAAUUUUCCAUGGGGCCAAUCUAUGGAAUACGAAAUAUACAAGGCAACAAACACCAUUCAAGGUUACAGUAAGGUUGGAUGCUUGGCUCCUGAAAAGUCCAUACCAAGUGCAGUCCUAAAGCAAGCUAAGGGCUUUGCUAUCUUAACUGUUGCAAAGGUUGGCUUGAUGGUUACUUACAGCAUUGGUACAGGGUUAGUAGUUGCUCGUAGAGAAGAUGGAUCUUGGUCUCCACCUUCUGCAAUUGCAUCAUUUGGCAUUGGCUGGGGAGCACAGGGUGGAGGGGAAGUGACAGAUUUUAUUAUUGUGUUGAGAACAAAUUCUGCCAUCAAGACCUUCGGUGGGAAUGCCCACUUGUCAGUUGGAGCAGGUUUAAGUGCAGCUGUUGGGAUUGUUGGAAGGGCAGCUGAAGCUGAUAUACGUGCUGGUGAUGGUGGUUAUGCUGCUUGCUAUACAUACAGUUGUAGUAAAGGUGCAUUUGCUGGUUGCUCUAUUCAAGGAAAUAUAGUCAAGACCCGAGCACAAGAAAAUUCUCGGUUUUAUGGUAAUCCAUCCAUCUCUGCUGCAGAUAUUCUUCUUGGUUCAAUGCCACGGCCUCCUGCAGCUUCUGCAUUGUAUCAGGCGUUAUCAGAAUUAUACAAGAAGCAGUGAAGUUGGUUGUCCGGGUAAAAGUUCUCCUUUACACCCCCAAAAAAUCACAUCUGUCAAUCUAAUUAUUCAUCUGUAUAUUCCAUGCAAUCUUUUCCAUGUAAGUCCUGCUUCAAUUCUUUAUUCCCAUUUGAUUGACGCACAUGAUUGUACAGCAAAACACAAGCACAUAAAGAACAAAAGCAAAUGAAACUUCAGUAUGAGUUUCCACAUAAGGCAGAAUGAAAUGAAAAUCUAUGUAUACUUUGAUUCUUAGGAUAUGGUAAAUGAUGCCCCAGGCCAUAAUCCUCUCAGAUAGGCAGUUUCUCCCACCACAGUACAUGACCGUGCCUUAAUGGGUUUUACCUACCAAUGUGUAUGCAAUUUUUGGCUGCUACUUAUUGAUACUCCUCUGUUAACCUAUUAAAGUCUAGGGUGUUUGUUUAUUUUUGUUCUUUUUUCUUUUUUGACAGAGUUUAUGAGUUCAUACAUUUUGGGGAUAAUUAUACUUUCCUCCCCUGAGGUUUAGUGUAAUUACACAUAGACCCCCUAUGAUUUGGAAGAUUA